UCAUUCGCACAGGCUUACGUUUUGUGAGUGAGUGAAAAUGGUGCCAGAUGUGGAAUUCAACAAAAAAAAAACUCUAAUUUGGCACAAAAAAAAAAACGCAAAAUCACGUAAUAAAUCGAAAAGUUGACAUGACAGUUCUGUACAGCUGAUAGAACAUGUCAAAAAAUGUAAAUAAAGAAAAACCUUUGCGACGCUUAUUUCAGUGGCAAUAUAUUUUUUAAAAAAUAAAAAAAGGAAGAGAUGCGGCAAAUGUGCUUGAGAUGCCCACAAUGCAGCAAAUUCGCUGCAAAUUUCCGGGCGUCCAAAGUAAUUUUUAACAUGUUGAUGGACAGAUUAGAUGGUAAGUGGAAAUCUGUACAGAAGAACACAUACAUUCGACCCGAUAUCAAAUUGGCGAUAUUUCUGCACUUUGUGGCUACUGGAGGAUAUCAACAUUCGGUCGGCAAUGACCUCUGCUCGACGCAUCAUUCGGGAAUGUCUGGAAUUGUUUGAAGCAUUUAUUUGCCGUGAAUGGAUACAACCCCCUACUUCUGAAGAAGAGCGCCAAACAAUGGAAGAAUUUUUUACCAAAACAGGAUUUCCGCGCGUGAUGGGAUGUGUUGCUGGAACCCACAUUCGCAUCAAAGAACCAGGAGCAGAUAUAAAGCAUUUAUAUUAUAACAGAAAAGGCUACUAUAGUAUAAAUGCAAUGGUGCAAGCACUACAUUACAAGUUUGUAGGAUGGAGGCUACAAGCUAAAGCCAUUUUUAAUGACUCCGUUUAGGAACCCAAGGGACCCAUAUGAAAUUCGUUACAACAAAAAGCAUGCCAGCACUAGAAAUGUUGUAGAAAUGUGCUUCGGACUGCUUAAAAAUAGAU